AUGGCUGAGAUAAAUUUUCCCGUUUCGACAUAUCUCAUCCUUAUAUUCAUCGUCAGCCAUUUAAUUUCAAUGAUUGGUGAAUCAAAGCCAUUGAAUAAUAUUCUCCUUCAUCCUCAACUCCAAACCCACCACAUCUCAGACAGGCUUCGCAUAGACCCAGAAGCCAUUGAGUGGGCCUCUAAAGAUUUCGGCAACAUAUCUAAACAAGCCCCUGCUGCUGUUCUUUAUCCAUCAUCUGUCGACGACAUCAAAGCUCUGAUAAAACUUGCUUACAACCUGUCAAUUCCAUUCGGUAUAGCCGCGAGAGGGCAUGGACAUUCUGUCUGGGGCCAGGCGAUGACCCCGUCUAAUGGGGUGGUAGUCAACAUGAUAUCGUUGAAAGAAGUAGAAAAGAAAAGAGCGAGUGAAGGUGUUUAGGCAUGUGAAACGGGGUCGUUUUAUGCUGAUGUUGGUGGAGAACAACUUUGGAUAGACGUGUUAAAUGCGACAUUAGUUGAAGGAGUUGCACCAGUUUCUUGGACUGAUUAUUUGUAUUUAAGUGUUGGUGGGACAUUGGCGAAUGCUGGAAUCAGUGGACAGUCCUUUCGCUAUGGACCUCAAAUCAGUAAUGUUCAUGAAAUAGAUGUUGUCACUGGAAAAGGAGAGCUCCUGACCUGCUCUGCCAACAAAAAUUCUGACUUGUUUCAUGCUGUUCUUGGAGGUUUGGGUCAAUUUGGGAUUAUUACUAGGGCAAGAAUUGCUCUCCAACCAGCCCCAAAAAGGGCCAAGUGGGUACGGAUGCUUUACAGUGAUUUCUCUAUUUUUACCAGAGAUCAAGAAAGUUUGAUCUCAAUCAACGCAAGUGAAGGCAAGGCACUUGAUUACUUGGAAGGCUCACUUCUGCUCAACCAUGGUUCUCCAGAUAAUUGGAGGUCUUCAUUUUUUCCUCCCAGCGAACACUCGAGAAUAAUUUCCCUUGUGAAAAACCAUGGCAUCAUCUACUGCCUUGAAUUGGUCAAAUAUUACGAUGAUAACACCCAGUAUUCUGUAGACAAAGAGCUGCAACUAAUGGCCAAAGACUUGAGCUUCAUUCCGGGAUUUGUGUUCCAAAAAGAUGUGUCGUAUGUUGAUUUUUUGAACAGAGUCCGAAGUGGGGAGCUGAAACUCAAGGAACAAGGACAGUGGGAAGUUCCUCAUCCAUGGCUAAACCUCUUUGUCCCAAGAUCUCGAAUCUUGGAUUUCAAUAAUGGAGUUUUCAAGGACAUUGUUCUAAAUGGAAACAUCACUACAGGACCUGUCCUUGUGUACCCCAUGAACGUAAAAAAGUGGGAUUCCAGAACUUCUGCAGUUAUACCCGACGAAGAAGUGUUUUAUACAGUAGGAUUUUUGGAUUCAAGUGAAUUCGAUGGGUGGAAAGCGUAUGAUUGUCAAAACAUGAAGAUAAUUAGGUUUUGUGAGGAAGCUGGUAUUGAGAUUAAACAGUAUCUUCCACAUUUUCGUAAUGAACAAGACUGGAUCAAACAUUUUGGAUCAAAAUGGAACGCAUUUCGUGAGAGGAAAGUUCGAUAUGAUCCUAAAAUGAUAUUAUCACCGGGACAGAGAAUUUUCAACACCAAAGAUUUUGAUCAAUAA